AUGAUAGAGAGUGAUAUUACCUCCAUAAUGUCUGGCCUCAUGAGAAAUUCUCCACAGGAGUACAGACUCUUGGCUUCUGACCCCUCACAGUUGAGUGAAGAUGACUUCCCUGGUGACUUGCAGUCCCUGUCAUGGCUGACAUCCGUCGAUGUCCCUCGGUUGCAACAGAUGGCCAGUGAAAGAAUGGAUUUUGGCAUCAACCCCCAGAAUGCUGUUCUGCAACAGUCUGGCUCCGUGCCAGGAAGUAUGCAUGCCUCCGGGGCUCCUGGUCCCAUGAUCCACAUACAGGCCAGCCUGCCUCAAAGCAUUCUGGGCCUGAACACAGUUUCGCCACAUGGGACAAAUAUGAGCCAGUACGUGGUCGGGGGACCGCUGUCUCCCAGCCUGCAGCCACAGCAAGCCCCUCUCUUCCCUCCGCCACCCCGCCAUGCACAGCAGGUGUUUGCCAUCACACACAACGCACCACAGUGCUCACCAGCAACAAUAUACAGCGCAUCUUAUGGGACACAGCCUCAGUAUUCUCAGCCGCGCCUUGCACCGCACGCUGCCCAGGAGCUGCACACCAAACAUUACCCUAAGCCAAUCUACUCCUACAGCUGCCUGAUUGCUAUGGCUCUGAAGAACAGCAAGACAGGAAGCCUCCCUGUUAGCGAGAUCUACAGCUUCAUGAAGGAGCACUUCCCCUAUUUCAAGACCGCACCCGACGGCUGGAAGAAUUCUGUCCGCCACAACCUGUCCCUGAACAAAUGCUUUGAGAAGGUGGAGAACAAGAUGAGCGGCACCUCCCGUAAAGGGUGCCUGUGGGCGCUCAACCCCGCCAAAAUAGACAAGAUGGAGGAGGAAAUGCAGAAGUGGAAGCGGAAAGAUUUGGCUGCUAUUCACAGGAGCAUGGCAAACCCAGAGGAGCUGGACCAACUUAUCACAGACCGACCUGAUAACUGCAGGAGGCCGAGCAAGCAGGGCGAAGCUGACGCGCCCACGCUGAGCCAUGUGGCGGCCGCCCAAGGCCGCAUCUCGCAGCUGCAGCCCGUCAUGACGCUCUCCCUGCAGUCCAUCCCGCUGCAUCACCAGAUCCAGACGCAGGCGUGCAUGACCCCGGACUCUCCAGCUCCUGCGCAGACGCCUCCACUGCAUGGCCUGCACAAUGUUAACCACAGCCCCCUCCCUCAGCAUCCAAUGAGCCGGGGCCCAGACUUCCUCAGCGUGAUGAUGACAGAUAUGAGCACAGAGGUCGACGCCCUUGACCCCAGCAUCAUGGACUUUGCACUGCAAGGUAACAUAUGGGAAGAGAUGAAGGACGAGAGCUUCAGCCUGGAGACCCUGGGUGCCUUCAGCAACUCCCCUCUGACGCUGUCCGAUUGCGACCUCGCUCCAUCCGGCCUUACGCCAGUCUCUAGCGGCAACAACCAUUCCUUUUCAGACUUACAAGUGACAGGCCUCUAUACGACCUAUACCACGCUGGACACAGUGUCAUCCGCACAGUACAUCAGUGCCCAAGGGAACAAGCCAAUUGCCCUGCUCUGA